CUACCAUCCCUCAGCUCUGCUCCGACACAGCCCGCACAUUUCACACAUUUGAGAAUUUAUAAUGCCGAGUACAGUGUCUGCAACCCAUUUGCCUCACUCUAGGCCUCAGGGAGUGAAGAGGAAAAGAGGCAAGGAUGUAGUCGUGGAUCCUGCAACGAAGAUACGGGCGAAGUUGCAUAACGGCUUGAAAGCAAUCUACAAAGUCGCGAAAAAAGAGAAGACUUUUGAGAUCCAGAAACUUAUCAAGAAGAAGAAGGAUGCGGCGGGGAAGCAGGACAACGUGAACUAUGAUGAGCAGCUGGCUAUAUUGAAGGCAUUAGAUCCUGAAGGUGCAGCAAACUUGGCGACGAAGACGAAGAUAGGGAAAGACAAGUUUCUCUCGCAGAACGAAUUUGUCAAAGCGGCGGUAGAAGUCGAGCUGUCGUCCGGAUUGCUGGUGCCAUCAAAGCUUGGCGCGGCGGCCGGUAUCGUCGAGAGUCGAUUUCUCAGCUCAAAACGUAUGGCCGCUGAGAUACAGCGAGUCCUACAAGUCAUGAAGGACGAACUCCUGGGCACAUCUGGCAGCAAAACCGCGAACGCUUCUGCGCCAUCGAAAGACAAGGUUAGGAACGACACCACCGUUCGGGCGCAGGAUGCAACGUCUCCUUCGGAUGAUGAAGACGACCUAUCUGGGGAGGAAGAUGGAGUUGACGUCGACGUGCAGGAGGGAGCCGGUUGGGAGUCUGGCACGGUGGCUGACAGUGACGGGGAAGAUGGGUGGGAGUCGGGCUCUGUGGACGACACGGCUGUCAUUGGAGGACGUGCUGGAAACAAGGCCACGGCCGUAUCUGAUGAGGACGUCGGGGGCCUGUCAGAGGCGAGCGAUUCAUCCGACACGUCUUUGUCCCCCGCAGCCAAACGGAGGAAACAGCUCGAUCAUAAGGCCUCCGCAGCGCAAGCGGUCCCAAAGGACCCGAAAGGCAAAUCCAAGGCAUCUGCCGCCGAAUCUACAUUUCUGCCUUCGCUGUCCGUCGGCUUCACUCGGGGAGACUCAGAUGUGUCAGACUGGAGCGACGAAGAGGCAAAUGCAGCUGAUGGUGCACGGAAGAAUAGGCGCGGCCAGCGUGCCCGGAGAGCCAUAUGGGAGAAGAAGUACGGGAAGAACGCGAAUCAUGUCAAAAACGCCCAUGGGACAUCUAUGCGAGAUGGACAACGUCCAUCGAAUCGCGCGAAUCUACCUGGUAAAGGAGCACCGAGACGAGAUGGACCGGAUACGAGACAGCACCGUCCAAGUGCCUACGCAGCCUCUCGUCAACCCGACAGUCGCAGAGUCGCGCACGAAAUUGCACCCCCAGGUCCAGAAAACGCCUUUGCACGAACGAAAGCCAGAGAAGAAAAGCCACUUCAUCCGUCAUGGGAAGCGAAGAAACGCCUCAAAGAGAGGGAGAACCCAGUCAUUCUGCCUGCUCAAGGGAAGAAGAUCACCUUUGAUUGACGGGUCAUUGCGUGUUUGGUCGCUGCUGCGUCGUGCGUUAUGACAUAUGAAUGCAUCACUGGUGUCACCUUCACCUUUGAGGCGCACUGCACGAUUCGGUCCGGAUGUUCAAAACAUUCACGCACUCACCGACAUACGCUUUCCCAACGCUUCCCAUACGUUCAGAACGUCGGCCCUGAAGGCCUGACAGUCAUGACUGAGUACUGGAAUCACACAUGCUUUCGGCACGA